AGGCAUGUGAAUUAUAUUGAAAAGGUUGAGUCUGUAACGAUAAUGCUUGAUAUGAAUUAUAUGGAUUCAAAAAUAAUGGUUGAUACGGUUGAAAUAAUUGAGACCAAUUGUGCAUUUGUGCUUGUGGUGAUAAAAAUAAUGGUGCCGAAAGUAGUUGUGAUGGUAAAACGAAUGGUGCUUGUAUUUUGUGGUAUUUGUGAUAGCAAACCUAAUAGUGCUUGUAUUUGGAAAUAUGAGGAUGAUGAUAAAAUUGGUUGA